UUGCCAAAGAAUUACCACGUGCCUGAUAAAGGAUAAUGUUUUGUAUGUAAAAUGUUGAACAAAGUGUUAGAAGUGUGAACAAUUAAGAUAAUAUAAUAAUUGAUCAGAAAGUAAUAAAAAUUGUUUUUGAAACAUUAUUAAUGAUUCAUACUGCAUUGGUAUUCAUAGCUGGCAUAGAAGAAUAUUAUGAGUGAUACAAUGUAUUAUCCAGGAGGUAGUAACAAUUACAAUGGCAGAAAUAAUAAUAUGCGUUGUGACAGUCAACAAAAUUAUGUGCAUCAUGGCAACGCACGUAAAUCACCCAGGGAUACAAGUAAUUUAUUAGGUUCCAGUGGAAAUGCAUAUAAUCAAAGUGGUUAUGAUAGUAAAGUAAAUGGCUACCAAGGUGGUCGUGGAGGCAAUAACUAUAAUUAUAACGAUGAUAGCAACAUGAUAAACAGUCGAAACAAUGAUGCAAAGAAUUACAAUAGAUUUAAAAAAAUUAAUGAUAGUAAAGCGAACAAAACUCCGAGACAACAUAGAAGAGACAGACAAAAACAACGUAAAGUUAGAGCUCAACCUCAAUUUGGAAAAAAAUCUCGCGGUCGUUCGCAUAAGAAUUCAUAUAAUAAAAAUACCCAAAACAGUGAAAUAAGACAAGAAAAUAUUACUAAAGCUGCCGAUACUACGGUGGCAACAAAUAUUCCUAAAGAAGCGACGCCACCACCACUUUUGUCUAUAAAAUUAGAAAAGAUAAAACAAGAAAACAAAGUUAAAGAAAUGGCCACUAUUUCUGUAAAACAGGAAAAGAGUUUAACUACCGAAAAACUAAAUACUACUUUAGAACUGCAAAAAAAAAAUGAAAGUUCUAGUGAUAGUUCAGAUAGCAGUUCGAGCAGUUCAGAAGAGACACCCGUGAAGGAUAAAGUUCAAAAAAAUGUAAUUAAUCCAGAACCAGAAACCCAGGCCGAAGAUGUUGUUUGUUUAGGUCAUGUAGAAAACAAGUUUUCUAUUGACGAUGAAGAUAAUGAUAAUAAAGAAGAGUCUGAAGAAGAAUUAGAGGAAGCUGCGGUUAAAAAUACUACAAUGAAUGAGUCCAAUCAAAAGGAAAUAUGUGUACUUUGCGAUAAAAUUGGUCAUACAUCAUUUCAAUGUCAAAUGAUUUGCAAAAACUGUUCUGGUUCAUAUCAUAAUUUAAAAACCUGUCCAAAACCACCAAAUUUAAGUAUAAUGUUACAAAGCUUUAUGGAAUUUUGUACGCUUCAAAUCGGUUUCUUCAACCCUGAACUGAAAUUUGGUUUCAAUCAACACACAAACUAUAAUGUUGCUUCCACCGAGCAGUCAAACUCAGACAAGAAAUCUAAACGUAAAAGUUCACAAAAGGAUACUUUAAAAAAAUUGAAAAGUAAACGUAAGAUGAAGAAUUCGGAAAAGAGCGAACAAUCGAGUACAAACAGCACAAGUUCUGACGGUAGUUCAACAAGUAGUGAGAGCGAAGUGGGUUCAACAAAAAGUUCCAAAAAGCAUAAAAGGAGGCGUUUGAAAAAUAAUUCAAUUUCUACUAGUGAAACUGCUGCAUACACUGCCAAUCCUUUUAUGGCGCAUGCAGGUCUUCCACAGUUUCCACUGCCAGGAUUUUCCCCUGCAGCUGCAUAUAAUCCUACACUUUUCUCUCAGAUGCUACACAGUGCUUUUCCUGGUCAUGGACAAUUAAAUUUCAAUAAAUAAAAGCUGUAUUGCGUAUACUAUUUCGUUGUAACUUUUAAUUAGUUUUUAAGUAAAAAUAUGUACAUAA